GCCGCUUCGUGCUAGUUGCCGCUUCGUGACUGCCCUCCACACCAUUAGUGGCGGAGCAAGCCGGCCUGCACCGAAGAAGUGUAUUUUUGACGAAUAUCAGAAUGUAUUUAACGCUGGUUUAAUCAGGCAAUAAUACAUCAGUUGCAAGCAAGGCGCUUUAAGUCAAUGCGUAACCUGCGAUGCCUUCGCUAAGCCUGCUGGCUGCAGCACACCCAUCAUGCAACGCUCGCACAUGGCUUAGCACACCUCAUCCUCAUCUACCAAUCAUAGCCACUGCGUGCUCGGACAAGACUGUGCGCAUCUACUCGUUGCAGAACUUCCAACAGCAGUCUACCAUCUCGGGUGGUCAUAAGCGAUCCAUCCGGAGUUGUGCAUGGAAACCGAACAGCCGGGGAGAGAGUGUGCUUGCCACCGGCAGCUUUGAUGCCAGUGCUGGCAUAUGGCGCAGGUGGGAGGAAGGGAGUGGGAGGGCUGGACGGCCGGAAAUGGACUACACUAAUGGUCUGGCUGGCGGAGACGGAGAUGAAGGAGACGACGAGGAUGAAUGGAGAUUUGCAGUGAUCCUUGACGGUCAUGAUUCCGAGAUCAAGAGUCUGUCUUUCUCGCCCAUUGCACCGUUACUGGCGACGUGCAGUCGCGAUAAGAGUGUGUGGAUAUGGGAGGAGCUGGAAGACGACAAUUUCGAGACUGUGGCGGUCUUGCAGGAGCACGAGGGCGAUGUUAAGUGCGUUGCUUGGCACCCGAGCGAGCAGAUGUUGGCGAGCGGCAGCUAUGAUGACAACAUCAGGAUGUGGAAAGAAGACGUGGAUGACUGGGCUUGCUGUGCGUUGUUGACCGGGCAUGAAGGCACCGUGUGGUGGGUGGAGUUUGAAGAUACCAACAACAUCUACGCCUUGGGCUCUUCAGAGACGUUGAACGACGAACAAAGAGCGUAUGUUGACACGCGGUUAAAGACUGGGCCCAGACUGAUGUCUUGCUCGGACGACAUGACGAUCCGAGUCUGGCGAAGGGUACCCAAAGAUAAGCCAGAGCAACAACCAAACCAGCUGAAGGCGCCAAGCAUAUGGAAGAACAGGGCGUUUGAAGAGGAGUGGGUAGAAGACACCCGCUUGCCUCGAGCGCACGAGCAGCCUGUCUUCGCCGUAAGCUGGAGUAGAAAGACGGGCAAGGUGGUCAGCGCAGGCAGCGAUGGCAAGAUCGUUGUCUAUGAGGAGCGGUGGAAAUCGGGCGCGGAUGCGUUGGCAACUAUUGGAGAUGGUCAGAUUGACCGUUCCGCUGGACUUACCGAAUGGGUCGUUGUUGCUGAGACGGUGAACGCCCACGACGUCUUUGAAAUCAACCAUGUAGUAUGGGCGCCUCGAGCAGAUAGAGGCAAAAGGGUGGAUGAAGAGGAGGUCGUCGUGAGCACAGGAGACGAUGGCGAAGUGAAGGUGUGGGUUGUCGAUACAUAA